AUGACGAACAGUCGAAGCUUCGCCUUCCUCCUGCUUCUCUCUGUCUCCCUCGCCGCCUCCGCCACGGCCCUCUCCUUCGAGAGGGAAGACCCGGAGCUGCAGGUGUGCAGGCGCCAGUGCCGGCAGCAGAGGCAGCUGAGCGAGAGGGAGCAGAGGGAGUGCGAGCGCCGCUGCGAGGAUUACGCCCGUGAGAAGGAGGAGAGAGAGAGAGGGGAGCGCGGUAGAGAGAGAGAGGAUCUCCUCGGGGAGGAGCGGCCGGAAGAGCGGCUCCAGCAGUGUCAGCGGCGGUGCGAGGCGGAGCACGGCCGUGAUCCUGGCCAGCGCAGCCGGUGCCAGCGGAGGUGCCAGGAGCGAUACCAGGAGGAGCAGAGGGAGAGAGAGAGAGGCCGUGAGACCGACGACGAGAGGAGGGAAGAGACAAGGGAGCGUCUUCAGGUGUGCCGCAGGAAGUGCGAGAGGGAAGCGGAGGGUCCAAGGGAGGAGAGCGAGUGCCGCCGGCGGUGCCAGGAGCGCUACCAGGAGGAAGAGAGGAGAGAGGGCCGGGAAGCUGACCCACAGAGGGAAGAAGAAGAAGAAGAAGAGAGAGAGGGAGAGCGCCACCGAGGAGGGAGAAACCCUUACUUCUUCGACCAGGAGAGCUUCCAGCACCGCAUCAGGACCCAGCACGGGAGCGUUAGGGUUCUUGAGAGGUUUACCCGGAGGUCAGAUCUCCUCCGGGGGAUCGAGAAGUACCGUCUGGGCUUCAUGGAGUUCAACCCCAACGCCUUCGUGCUGCCUCACCAUCUCGACGCCGACACCAUCUUCUACGUCGUCAAAGGUAGACCAUUUCCCUCUGUUCCUCUCCUUCUUCCUCCUUCGACCUUCCGGCCUAAUAAUCCAUGGCGGGUGGUUCGCAGGAAGAGGAACGUUGACCAUCGUAAGGGAGGAGAACAACCGUGAGACCCUCGGCAUCCGCAAGGGAGACAUCCUCAGGAUCCGCGCCGGGUCGAUGGUCUACCUCGUCAACCAGGACGACAACGAGAAGCUCUUCAUCGCUAAGAUCCUGCGGACAGUCGCGACCCCGGGGGUUCUCAGGGUGGGUGAUUAGCCGAGAAGUCUUCCGCUGGUCAACUUCUUUCAGGUUAGAUUUUCUCAUCUUGCCUGUUCUUUCAGGAGUACUUCGCUGUGGGGGGCGAAAACCCAGAGUCCUUCCUACGGAGCUUCAGCAGCGAGAUCCUGGAGGCGGCCUUCAAGGUGAGUGUACACCGACUUCAUCUGGGUUCGAAUCCCACUGAGGGUUCCACAAGAGAUCAGAUCUUUUUGAGAAAAAACAGGAAUUUUCUUGUCCCUCCUGUCCAGGUGAUCAGAAAAGAAAGAAGAAAUGGUUGAUGUAUUCAAGAUAAUUACGUAUUUAACAAAGAAUGCGAUAUGAUAGUUCCGAGGGAUGAACCGGAUAUGGACAGCUCCAGAAAAAUUUUGUUCUUGAAGAAAAAUCCAUUUUGGAUUUAUUUCAUAUAAUUCUAUGACCGGAACAAUAGGGAACAAGGAUGCAGGUUACGGGUUCUUCCUCUGAGUUGACCAUUGAUGCUGGUGUUGCAGGCUCCGAGGGAGAGCUUGGAGAAGAUGUUCAGGCAUCAGAAAGGCGCCAUCGUCCAGGCGUCCAAGGAGCAGGUCCGGGCCAUGAGCCGCCGCUCGUCGGAGGGCGGCGGCCACUGGCCCUUUGGCGAGUCCAGCAGGACGUUCAACCUGCUCGGCAAGCGCCCUUCGAUCUCCAGCCGCCACGGACAGCUCUUCGAGGCCGACGCCGGCGACUACAGGGAGCUCGAGGACCUCGACAUCCAAGUCAGCUUCACCAACAUCACCGGCGUAAGUCCAGACCACCUCUUCUUCUUCUUCUUCCUCUUCCUUCCUCUUCCCCUUCCUCCUCCGGGGGGUGUAAGUUUAGACCGUCUAAUAACAAUUUCCGGUUUCCUCGAUAUUCUUCCACGCAGGGAUCCAUGGCGGCGCCGUUCUACAAUACGAGGUCGACCAAGCUGUCCAUGGUCGUGAACGGAGAGGGCUACUUCGAGAUGGCCUGCCCCCAUGUCUCCAGGGAGGGCGAGGAACGGAGGGAGAGAGGAGAGGAAGAGGGAGAGCGGAGGGAAGGGCAAGGCCAGCAGAGGCAAGUGCACUACCAGAAGAUGAGGUCUCGUCUGUCAUGCGGGACGGCCUUCCUCGUCCCAGCCGGCCACCCGGUCUCCAUCGUCGCAUCCAGCAACCAGAACCUGCAGGUUAUCUGCUUUGAGAUCAAUGCCAGAGACAACCGCAGGCUCUUCCUCGCGGGUACGCAUCAAUCACUCUCCUAGGUCUUCCUCCUCCAUCCUCUCAGACCUCCGUAAACCCUAAAUUCUGGUGGGGUUUCUACAGGGAAGAACAGCAUACUGAAGCAGCUGGAGAGGGAGGCGAAGGAGCUCUCCUUCAACGCGCCGGCGAAGGAGGUGGAGGAGUUCCUUGGCCGCCAGGAGGAGACGGCGUUCGUGGAUGGGCCGGAACGCCGUAGCGAGCAGCAACGUGAGGAGAAGCGUCUCCCGCUGGGUUCCAUCCUCGAUUUUGCUGGGUUUUGA